UCAUUUUAUUUAUUUUCAACAUUGCAUCAAUGGAUAUUUCCAGAGAUUAACGGUAAAACAUGCACAAAUAUAUGUCUCCUUAAUACUCCUAAACAGUUUCAUAACAGCUGAUUCUCGCAUAUUAAUCUCAUCUGUCUUCGCUCCAUCACAACGCUGCAGGUUGCUUCUUCAGAUCCUUAAAACUAUUCUUGGAAGUGAAAGAUGACUUGUUUUGCUUCGUCAGCACUUUCACUUCAACAGGAGCCAGAAGAUGAACCGGGGGUGAGGGUCAAAGGUCAGAUCAUUUUGCUGCUGAAUCAAUUUGAUUUGUUGUGUUUUCUCGUAGCUUAAGCUUGUGAUUUAACAUUAAGGUCACCCAGUGUUCACUGGUUUAGUGGUUAAGAUCAGCUUGUUCACUAACUUAAAGAAAUUUAAAUGAGUUAAAAAAAUCCAAAUAGGUUAAAAUGAAGACAAAUAGACUUCUUUGGUUUCUUGAAGAUGUUUUGCUUCCAAUAAACCACUGAGCAGUUGCUUUCAUUCUAACCCUUUUUGGAUUACUGUGACCUGGAUGACUCAGAACCUUUACCAGUUUAGAACAUAAAUCUGGUUUAGCUUGUUUAUCCACUAUAUCGUGCCUUUGUUCCGAAACAAUUUGCUUUCUGUGAAAAACACAAGGUGAAGAGCAACAUGCAGAGAUUUUCUACUUUCCAACAGAUGAUACGUCAAACACGGAGGGGGAUUAAGGACUCCGCAUGCACACAUGGCAGGAUUUUACUACUCCAGAACAGAAAAUCUUCCAUGUUUCGUCUCACCACAUCUACAAGCUACAAGUGUUGCUCCUGGUUCUCCUGUGAGAUUGGACUCUGGCUUGGGGUCAUGGAGGAACUGGCGCGGGAGAGCAUCAGUCUGCUGGCCCGGUCUGCAUCUCACACCGACCCUCCCCGGCUCGGCUCAUUCGGAGCUGUGUUCAUCAUGCUGAAGUCUGCUCUGGGAGCCGGGCUACUCAACUUCCCCUGGGCCUUUGAGAAGGCAGGAGGGGUGACCACAGCCAUCAUGGUGGAGCUGGUGUCUUUGGUCUUCCUCAUCAGCGGCCUGGUCAUCCUGGGUUAUGCGUCGUCUGUCAGCAGACAGAAAACCUAUCAGGACGUGGUGAGAGAAGUGUGUGGACGAGCUGUUGGGAAGCUCUGUGAGGUCUGUUUCUGCUUCAACCUCUUCGUGAUAAGUGUCGCCUUCUUGGUGGUGGUGCAGGACCAGCUGGAGAAAUUGUGUGUCUCCUUAUUUGAGACGGUGACCGGAUCAGGUGAGGCUGAAAUGCCUCAUCACUGGUACACAGACCAGCGCUUUGCCCUCUUCAUCACGUGCCUCGUCAUCAUCCUGCCACUGUCCAUCCCUAAAGAAAUCGGCAUCCAGAAAUACACGAGUGUUUUAGGGACGCUGGCUGCUACCUACCUGUGUGUUGCUGUGGUUGUGAAGUUCUACCUGAUGGACAGUCACACAGUUGUAAUAACUCCAGAGCACAACCAAGGUUUGAGUUCAUGGGCAUCCAUGUUCAGUGUCGUCCCAACCAUUUGCUUCGGCUUCCAGUGCCAUGAAGCCUGCAUAGCGAUCUACAGCAGCAUGGAGAACCAAAAGCUCUCCCACUGGGUGGUCAUCGCUGUGCUCUCCAUGUUUUUCUGCUUGCUCAUCUACACACUCACAGGUGUUUAUGGCUUCAUGACAUUUGGUAGAGAAGUUGCCUCAGAUAUUCUGAUGUCAUAUCCAGGGAACGACGUGGUCAUGGUCAUCUCCAGACUUCUUUUUGGGAUUUCUAUCAUCACCAUCUAUCCCAUCAUACUUCUCCUGGGCAGAUCUGUAAUCCUGAAUCUGAUGUUACGGGUGGAAAGACGUCGCCGAGGAAUCGUCACACACUCGUUUGAGAGUCGCUGCAGAGUUAUUCUGACUGUGGCCUGGAUCAGCUUUACUCUUCUCGUUGCCAUGUUUGUUCCAGAUAUGGCCGACGUCAUCAGCAUUAUCGGAGGAAUCAGCGCCUUUUUCAUCUUCAUCUUUCCUGGUCUUUGCUUGGUGUUCACGAUGCAAACUGAGGAUGUCUCUCCCAGAGUCAGGUCUGUUUUAACCGUCUGGGGGGUCGUAACAAUCACGGUUGGAGCUUUCAUCUUCGGACAGAGCACCACCAUCGCUGUGAUGGAGAUUUCCCAUAAAUUCUAGAUCACUCAUCUUUCUUGUACCUUAAUGGUUCAUUAGUAAAUGUGGCUUUUAUUUGUAAAUAUAGAUAUUUGAUUAUGAAUGUCUAAAGAAAUAUGUUGAUGAUGUUGUGUUUCUUGUGCUUUUUUGACUUAGGUUUAGAUUUUAUAAUGAAAAACAAAUGAAAAUAUUUGAGUGUAAGGAUUUUUGUUUUAUUGAAAUUGUUCAUCAUUGCAGUAGAUAAUGUUGAUCUCUGCUAGGGGGCAGCGUUGCACUGUUCAGAAAAUGUAAUCUGUUACUGACAACAUUGACAAAAAAAAGGACUUGUUUUUAUUCUCAUCCUGUAAAAUUGUUGAGAAAAACAAACAAUUUAAGUGUUCUUUGCGAAUACAUCAAAUCAGGUGAUACAAGCUUUAAUAUUUUCUCCAAAAAUUCUUAUUCUGACCUUUUUCCUCAAUUAACUUUUGAUUAAUAUGAAUCAAAGAAGAUCUGAAGCUUUCACUGCCUGCACAUGGAUGGUCAAUGUUUGCAGACAUUUAUUCUUCAUUUAACUCAAAGCAUGAUGUGUUUUGCCAUGUUUCUUGUGUGUGUGUGUUUUUUUUGUUUUUUUUGUUUUUUACUGAUUAUUCAUAGUAUUUCUUUCCUCAUCACUUGGAAAAUAAUACUUACAGAACACAACAUAUAAGAAAAAAUAAAUGUUUAAUUCAGAGUAAAGUAAAAAUUCUAAUUAAUCGUG